AUGAGCUCAUUAAGACGAUCACCAUUAACAUCGAUAGAGAAUAUCGAUACACCAUUAAAUGCAGAAGAAAUUGAAUUACGUGAAGUGAAUGAACCAUUAUUACCAACAAAUGAAGAAACAGUACUACCUACAGAACAAAAUAAUGAAGAAAUCGAUGAAACAACACCGUUUCAAGUGAAUAUAAAUGAUGAUAGUCAAGAAUCUCAAGUUGAAUUUUGUCCACGUACUCCAGAAAAUGAAUCAGAAUUUCGACAACGUCAUCGUCGUUCUUCUUCAUCAUUGAAUCGACCAGCUGCAGAUCAAAAUCGUGAUAUACGACAGAUAGCACGAAAUUUUUGGGCCGAUUUAUUACCAUCGGAUAAUCGAAAUGCAUGGCGAUUACCAAUCUGUAUCUUUGCUACUUUUCUGACAAUUAUAAUUCUUGUCAUACUAUUCGUAGCAUUUGGUUAUGUAACUGUUGAUUAUGACGAAUUCGGUGUAACACAUAGUCAUUUUACUGGAAAGAUGAAUUUAAAAAAUCCAUAUUCAGCUGGAGUUCACGUAAUAUUACCAUGGGAAACAAUGAUUAAAUUCGAUAAAACAGCUCGAUAUCUUAAUUUUAAUGAUUUAACUAUUUUUACUACUGAUCAAGCUAGUAUUAUUUUAGAUGCUACAGUUGUUUAUCGAAUCAGACCUGAUCAAAUUGAACCAAUUUGGUUAAAUUUUGCUGAUAAACAUGAAAAAAUUCUUCGUCUUGUUGCUGAAAAUAUUCUUCGUAAUCAUGGUAAUCAAUUUUCAAUUUAUGAUUAUCGUGCACGUCGAGAACAUGUUGAAUAUCGUUUAUCUCGUGUAUUACAACAAACAUUAUCAGGUGAUUGUUGUCCAACAUGUUGUCAACAUGCAACAUGUUCAAAAACAAUUGAAUAUUCAUGUUCAUUAUUAACCCAUUGCAAUAACUCUGUGCAAGCAUGUACAAAUGGAUAUUUUGUUGAUAUUGAUGCUGUUUAUAUAUUUAAAGUUGCAUUACCACAACAAAUAAUUAAACGUCUUUAUACAUUAAUGCUUAAACCAAUAUAUAGUGAAAUAGCUGAAAGUCAAGAAAAUGCAGCUGUAGUUCGAAUAGAAACUGAACGACAACGUAAUGAAUUAUUAAAUAAAGCACGACAAAUAUUAAUGAAUUCAUUAGCUGAUAGUGAAUUAAUACGUGAAAAAGCUCGAAUUAUUUUAGAAACUAAAUUACUUAAACAAAUAAGUUCAUCAGAACGACAUUUAUUUCAGCGAUUAAAACUUUUAACUAUGGACAAGAAAUUAUCAGCAGCAUUUCUAUAUGAAAUGAAUCACUUGAUGAAUUUAACGCAAACAAUUGAUAUUGAUAAUUUACUUGUAGAAUACAAUGAUAAAAUUAAUACACAACAGACUAAUGAUCUAUUUGACUUUGUUCCAGCAUCAAAUGUUUUUGAUCUGACUGAAUUUCUUUCUAUUCUUGAAAAUUAA